GGUGCCACGCCCUGCGAUUCACCAGGAUAAAGUUCAACAAGUGUCCUCCAGGUUUAGACUAACCGCAGCACCUUGUGCAAAAAGGCUCUGGUUCCUGAAGAAGAGCUGUGGACUUUAAUCCGCAAACCACUGACACUCUCUUUCUGCCUCUGAGCACUUCAGCCACCUCCUUCAGCAAAUUGCUUUUCUCCUUCGGACUUGAGAAGACCUUGGGUCUGAAGAUGCUCUGCGCGUUUUCCGUCUAAACUUGUGAACUGCGAGAGGAAGGAGAAGAAAGCGGCUGACUCGACAGUGUUUCAUAUUUCCUUAGUAAACACUGCGGCAUUUUGACCUGGUCAGCGGAGGGCUUGUUGGAGAGCGAGUUGUUCGGUGGGAAUUAUGGCUGGAUGUUGUGUGUCGGCGGAGGAGAAGGAGAACCAGAGGAUCAACGAGGAGAUCGAGAAGCAGCUGCGGAGAGACAAGAAGGACUCUCGCAGGGAGCUGAAGCUGCUGCUGUUAGGCACUGGAGAGAGUGGGAAGAGCACCUUUAUCAAACAAAUGAGGAUUAUCCACGGAGGAGGAUACACAGAUGAGGACAAGAAGAGCUACGCCAAACUGGUCUUCCAGAACAUCUACACAUCAAUGCAGACCAUGAUAAGAGCCAUGGAGACGCUCAAUAUAGCUUUCGCCAAUUCAGCGAACACGAGCAAGGCCAACUCGGUCCUGGACGUGGAGGUGGAUAAGGUGGAGGAGCUAGAUUCAAGCCUCGCGACGGACAUCAAGGAUCUGUGGACUGAUGCGGGAAUGCAAGAGUGCUAUGAGCGACGCAGAGAGUACCAGCUGUCUGACUCCACCAAAUAUUAUCUCACAGACCUGGAUCGUAUUUCUCAGCCCGGUUAUUUACCCGACCUUCAGGACAUCCUCAGAGUCCGGGUGCCGACCACGGGCAUCAUCGAGUAUCCCUUCGACAUGGAGAACGUCAUUUUCAGGAUGGUUGAUGUCGGGGGUCAGAGGUCAGAGAGGAGGAAGUGGAUCCACUGCUUCGAGAACGUCACCUCCAUCAUCUUCUUGGUGGCGCUCAGCGAGUACGACCAGGUCCUCGCCGAAUGCGACAAUGAGAACCGUAUGGAGGAGAGCAAGGCCCUGUUCAAAACCAUCAUCACCUACCCCUGGUUCCAGCGCUCCUCCGUCAUACUGUUCCUCAACAAGACCGACAUCCUGCAGGAGAAGAUCACGUACUCUCACCUAGCCACCUACUUCCCUGAAUUCACAGGACCUCAGAAGGAUCCUGUAGCAGCUCAAGAGUUCAUCCUGAAAAUGUACCAAGAACAAAACCCAGACAAGGACAAGACGCUCUACCCCCACUUCACCUGCGCCACGGACACGGAAAACAUCCGCUUCGUCUUCGUGGCCGUCAAAGACACCAUCCUCAGGCACAACCUCAAGGAGUUCAACCUGGUGUAAGAAAGAGGGAAACGAAGGGGAAGAAUGCCAAAAUUGAUAAGUCGUCUAAUUAUUAACGAUAAAGCAAGUGCGAGAUCUCAUGAGCCUGUACAGCCGAAGAGAUUAUGAACAUGUAACAAAAUACUGUGUCGGUCGACGUUUUUAAAAUGCAACUUUGUAUAGGUUUUCAUUCUAGUCUUCACUGUAUAGAGAGAAAUGUGCUGUAAAUUAUGACAGAAACAAGAGUGAGAGAAUGUUAGUAACUGUGUGAACCGCUUAUUCUGAGAAUCCACAUACGUAUGACCUGAGUGCUUUAACUUAUAUAAAACUUGUUCUCAUGAAAUAGUUGAUAAGAGUUAGUCCUGAUUUCAGAAUGUAUAGAGCUGGUUGUUUUAAUACUCACCUGCAAGUGCCUUAUUUACUUGAUUGGAAAUUAUAUUUAUGGUAAUUUUCAAUAAUAAAAAGAAAAAAUCUCUAUAUAUAUAGUUAUUUAAUGAAAAGGCAAACGGGUGUGUUAGUGAUGGUUUUUUUAGCACAAGAAAUAAACACAGUGAAAUUUGAAACAUGUAUUUUAUUUUAUUAUUUUUUUCUCAAAACAGCAUGAACAAAAGAAUUCAAGCUCUGAACAUUUUGUUCCCCCCCAGAUACUAAGUGACAAACAUUAAUGGCAUAUUUAUUAUUUUUAGUCAUAUUAAAGUGUUUUGUACCCCCAAACCAAACCUUUAAAAUAUACAUUAACAGCAGCUCGUCAUAAUUAUAACAUUCCUCUUUUUUUUCUUAAACAUUCUCUUCUUUGCACAGUCCGUCUCGACAUGGUUGGCAUUGCAUAUGUGUGGUAUAAAAACCUAAAAAUCACAAGGUGACAAUCAAGGUGAGGAUGGAUAUAUAUAUGUACAUACAGGAUAUCAGGUCACUAUACAGCAGAUUGAUACAUGUGGGUACAGUAUAAAAAUAGCAUGCGUCUCUAAAUGACACUGAACAGUCUUUAUCUUGCAGAAAUGUAUAAAAAGGAGGAAAAAUAGAGUAAAAGAAAUCAGGGGAUCUGAGGAUGCACAUUUUAAUACAAAGCCAUACCAAUUUCAAUGUGUUUCCCUUUUACAUUAAGCAGUAAAAUAAACAGUGUACAGUAUUAAAUGUGCUACAGCAGCCCUGGUUAAUUUGGCCUCUGUGUUAUUCAAGUGGUUUUCUACCAGUAGCUGUUGUAGUGACUUCUCUGCAGCCAAGUUGAAUCAUGAUCAAUGGAAAUUAAAUUAGUAAUGUGUGUGUAACAAGCAGAACCAUGGCAACUUAAAGGCUCGGGAAACGGAAAGUCCUCCGAUUUCACCAGCAUUUUGAGACUCGGAUGUCACAACACGUUUGUAAACUCAAGACUUUUUUUUUUUUUCAUAAAAGAAA